ACCAAUAUUCUUCAUUAAGAUUAAACUCUUAAUUAAUACUGUUAAUUUCUAAUAACAAAAGUUAAAUGGAAGCCAUGGGAGAAUGGAGCAACAACCUCGGAGGAAUGUACACCUAUGCAACCGAAGAAGCCGAUUUCAUGAACCAGCUCCUUACCUCAUACGAUCAUCCUGGCACUGGCUCAUCCACUGGUACAGCCAGUGCAGACCACCAUGGCUUGUAUUGGAACCUUGGUUCUCAUCACAACCACCUUACCCUCAUGCCUGAAGCCAGUAGCUUCUGUUUUUCUGGUGAGAGCAGCAGCUACAGCGAAUACUAUGCGGUGGCACCACCCGCGGUUAGAGAGAACAACAAUGGGUCAAUGGACUUUGACAUGAUAGAUGUGACCAUCAACACCAACUCUUACCUUGUUGGUGAGGAGACAAGUGAGUGUGACGUUGAGAAGUACUCAUCUGGAAAGACUCGUUUGCCUUUGGGAGCCGUCUUGGAGACCAACGAUGACCAGGAGAGCAUGUUGCAGCCCGAGAUGUCUGUCACUACUACUGAUCAUCAGAAGUCUCUCACCGGUUCCAAGAAGAGAUCACGUGCGACAGCCGUUGAUAAAAACAAGAAAGCAAAAGUAGGUAAGAGGGGCCAAAAGAGCUUAGAGAUGAGUGGCGAUAACAGCAAUGGAGGGGAAGAGGAAGAAGGAGAGAAGGUGAAGAAAAGAAAGACUGGGGCUAUAAUGAGUAGACAGAACUCUAGCGUCACUUUAUGUUCUGAAGACGAAUCACACUGCCCUUCCCAGGACGCUGGAGAAGAGGAUGAAGACGAUGCCUCCAAGGCCCUAAACCUCAACGGCAAGACCAGGGCUAGUCGUGGUGCUGCCACCGACCCUCAAAGCCUUUACGCAAGGGUAAAUCAUUUUUCUCGUGUUUACGUCAUGGUUAUGCAGAAAAGAAGAGAAAGGAUUAACGAGAGAUUGAGGAUUUUGCAAAAUCUUGUGCCUAAUGGAACAAAGGUCGAUAUUAGUACAAUGCUUGAGGAAGCCGUUCAUUACGUCAAAUUUUUACAGCUGCAAAUUAAGUUAUUAAGCUCUGAUGAUAUGUGGAUGUAUGCGCCGAUUGCUUUCAACGGAAUGGACAUUGGCCUCAACUCAUCGAGAUGAUGCGGAACUUGUGGUCACUUAUAACAAAAUUUAAUAUUCUUUUCAUUUUAAACA